ACUUAGUAAAUCCACAUCAUGUCUUGGUAUUUUCCCUAGUCGCGUUUGUUUGUAUUAUAAAUAAUUGACCCUCCCAUCCGUGACUUCGACUUUAAAACAGUACAACCUUCUUCUUGUCAUUAUUAUUUUCAAAAGAUAAGGUCACAUGAAAAUGUUACAUUUCUUCCCUCUCUUCUCACUUGCUGCUCUAACCGUAUUCAUCAUCUCCUCCAACGCCGCAAGGCCAGCAGCCACCGUUCCAGAACCCGUAUCGCCACCACUACCACCAGCAGCUCAAGAGUUCCUAGACUCUCACAACAAAGCAAGAGCCGAAGUCGGGGUUGAGCCACUUCAAUGGAACGAGAUGCUAGCGAAAGACACAAGCUUACUAGUCCGUUACCAAAGAAACAAAAUGGGAUGCGAUUUUGCGAACUUAACGACAAGCAAAUACGGCGGUAACCAGCUCUGGGCGGGUUCGGCGGUUGUAACUCCGAGCAAAGCGGUGGAAGAGUGGGUGAAGGAGAAAGAUUUCUACAUCCAUGCAAACAACUCUUGUGUUGCGAAACAUGAGUGUGGUGUUUAUACGCAGGUUGUGUGGAAGAAUUCGGCACAACUUGGGUGUUCACAAGCUAGUUGUAGUGUUAAGGAGAAAGCUAGUUUGACGAUUUGUUUCUAUGAUCCACCUGGUAAUGUCAUAGGGGAGACUCCAUUUUGAUUCAUGUAUUUCAAUUUCAAGUAAUGCUAGUUAUUAGUGUCUGUUUCUUAAAUUAGAAUGUGUAACUUGAAAUGUGCCAAGAGAGAUUAAUAUUUCACUUUAGUUAGUUAGUUUAACUUUAUCUCUUGUUAUGGUUGUUAAUUGAGGUGGAUCUUUUGUGUGAA